AUGGAUAAAGAUGUCGACUUGGACGAUGAGAUCGAACAUCUCUCUGUAUUUCAUUCUGCAGUUGCCAGCUUCUACUCUCCCAGUGACCCUUCUGGAAUUCGCGGCAUGAAGCGAGAGCGCAUCCAAUGUACACCAUCAUGGCGCAAACAUGGUCCACGUCGCGACUGUGCCUUUAUUGUCGACGAUGACGACGCUCCUGGAUUUGCUGGCAUGAGUGUUGUUCGGAUCCGACUGCUGUUCUCUUUCACCCGCAAUGGUGUCUAUCAUCCAUGUGCAGUGGUGCAGUGGUUUAAAAAGGUGGGCCGGCGGCCUGACCCACAGACAGAGAUGUGGAUUGUCGAACCAGAGGUGAAGUGA